AUAGUAGUUCCCUUCUGUUGUUGAAUUUUGGCUUUGGGUAAAUUCACUAUGUUGCAUAAUGUGGAUAAACAAAUACACAAAUUUGGAAGGGACCCUAUUAUCAUUUUAGAAGCAUAAUUUUUUUGAGAAUAAAGACAACUAAUCAACAACAGUGAUACAAAUAAUCUUUUAAGCUAAUAUGAUGUGAGAGACACUCGCUCGGAUAAGUGAUCCUGCUAUGACCAUGGCUGUGGUGGCUGUAUUAUGGAGGAUUUGGCGGUCCAGAAAUUGGGUUGUUUUUGAAGGAAAACAGUUUGGGGUCCCGGUGCUCCUGCGUCAAUUCCAUCAGCAAGUCGAGGAGUGGGUCCACUUGCCAGUUGAGUCGGUUUCCCGGUCUGUGCCUCCCCUACCCCGGACGUCCGGGUCUGCUCUGGCAGACGCUGUAGUAUGUCAGUGGGAUGGGGCUACUAGUCAUAGAACACAUUCAGCUGGUGGAUUUGUUCUCUUCAAUUCGACUGGGGACGUCCUCUUUGUGCAAGGAAUCCAGUUCCCCGGUGUGCAGGACCCUGCUGUGGUGGAAUUACUGGCCCUACGGGAGGCGAUUUUAAGAUGCGUAGGUCAUGGGGUCGAGGUUGUGAGGUUUGAAGGCGAUGCUAAGGCGGUCAUUGAUAAAAUCAACCAAGCAGACGCCAGAGAUAGCAGGAUGGGUGCUGUGCUGCAGGAAGUUAUUCAGUAUUUUGUAGCUCAUCCCGGGUUUUCGAUUAGAUUUGUAGGUCGGAGGAACAAUAGGGUAGCCCAUCUAGUGGCUCGGAAGGCCCUUACAUUGUAUCCGGCUACGAGUCGGUUCUUUGAUUUUCAGGCCUGGCUUAAUUCCAGGAUGUAACUCUUAUCUCUCAUCAAUCUACUUGAUUAUCUUUUGUCAAAAAAAAAAUGAUGUGAGA